AUGGCCUCUCCAAUGAAAUCGAACCCAAGAAUGGUUGACGGUGAUCAAAAAGAAGAAAAUACCUUUCCCUAUGCGAUGCAGGUGGCGACCUCCACUGUGCUGCCCAUGGCAUUGCGAUCGGCCAUCGAGCUUGGCGUUUUUGAAAUCCUAGCCAAAGCGGGUUCUGGAGCCAAGCUCUCCCCCUCGCAGAUUGUACAACAGAUGCCCACCAACAACCCAGAUGCACCCAUGAUGCUGGACCGCAUUCUCAGGAUGCUUGCCACCCACUCUCUGCUUGAUUGCUCUGUGGUUGCGGAUGACUCUGUAUCUUUCCAGAGGCUUUACAGUCUUUCUCUUAUGUCUAAAAACUUCGUCUGCAACGAAGAUGGCGUCUCUUUGGGCCCUUUCAUGGCCUUGCUUCAAGACAAGGUCUUCUUAGAUAGCUGGUCCCAACUGAAAGAUGCAGUUCUUGAGGGAGGAAUUCCAUUCAACAGGUUUCAUGGCACGCACGCCUUCGAGUAUCCGGGCUUGGACCCAAGGUUCAAUCAAGUUUUCAACACAGCGAUGUUCAACCACACUACUAUUGUUAUGAAGAAUAUCCUUGACUCCUAUAAAGGCUUUGAGCACCUCAAACAAUUGGUUGAUGUUGGCGGCGGCCUAGGAGUCACUCUUAACUUGAUCACUUCCAGAUACCCCAACAUUAAGGCCAUUAAUUUCGACUUGCCUCAUGUCAUACAAAAUGCCCCACACUAUCCUGGAGUGGAACAUGUCGGGGGAGAUAUGUUCAGAAGGGUUCCUAAGGGGGACGCCAUUUUUAUGAAGUGGAUACUCCAUGAUUGGAGUGAUGAACAGUGCUUGAAGCUGUUGAAGAACUGCUACGAUGCUACUCCAAGUGAUGGAAAGGUAAUUGUUGUGGAGGCAGUUCUUCCGAUCAUGCCUGAGAUGAGCACUUCUGCGAAGAGCAACUGUCAAAUGGAUGUGCUUAUGAUGACUCAAAUUAACCUAGGAGGGAAGGAAAGGACGGAAGCAGAAUUCAUGGGCUUGGCAACCAAAGCAGGAUUUAGUGGCAUCAGAUAUGAAUCUUUUGUGUGUAAUUUUUGGGUUAUGGAGUUUUUUAAGUAGAUUGAUUGCUUGCGUUGCGUGUAAUACUUGGAAAUGUAUCAUCUGUUUGUCUGGACCUUUAAAAUAAAAAUUGAAGGGAGAAUUUUGAGUACAA